UGUCAGUUGAUUGAGACGUUUUUGCUUGUCAAUUAUUAUCUGACCUCAUCGUUUAUCGUUUUAACACUUUUCGUUUGAAACCUAAAAGCACUGAAAUACUACUCAAGUUUCUUUUAAUCUCUCGUUGGUGUGUGUUCGAAUACCGUCACGUGUGGUUAAUUAAAUUGAUUGAAUCGUUCCUGCCGUUUUUUGAUUUUGCCGGGCUUAAACUUGUUAAUGUUUGGAAAAAAAAUAAUGUUUUAAAUUUUAUCAUAAGUGUCGGUUUUCCGUGUUUAAUAUGGGAGCUCAUGUAUCGCGGAAUGAUUUCGAAUGGGUUCAUACCGAGGAGCCACACGCUAGCCGCCGGAAGAUCAUUUUAGAAAAAUAUCCCGAAAUAAAGAAACUGUACGGCUACGACCCUCUGUUCAAAUGGGUGGUGUUGGCGAUGGUUCUGAUGCAGCUGCUCAUGCUGCCGCUAGUCAAAUACAUGAGCUGGCCAGUCCUCCUCGUUGUUGCUUACUGCUUUGGUGGUGUCAUCAAUCAUUCACUCAUGUUAGCAAUACACGAGAUCGCACAUAACCUAGCGUUCGGCCACAAUCGGCCGUUGCAUAAUAGAUUGUUUGGCUUCUUUGCCAACUUGCCGAUUGGGGUACCUGUUUCUAUCAGCUUCAAGAAGUAUCACUUGGAACACCACAGAUACCAAGGCGAUGAAGUGAUAGAUGUAGAUCUACCCACAUUAUUGGAGGCGAAGUUGUUCUGUACGACUGGGGGGAAGCUAGUCUGGUUGUUUCUGCAGCCGUUCUUCUACGCGCUGCGUCCACUGGUGGUCAGGCCGAAGCCGCCCACACCGCUUGAGAUGAUCAAUUUAGUUAUACAGCUGUUCUUUGACGCGGUUGUCGUUGAACUGUUUGGUUGGAGAGCGCUAUGGUACUUAUUGUUGGGUUCCUUCAUGGCGAUGGGUAUACAUCCAGUAGCAGGUCACUUCGUGUCAGAGCAUUACAUGUUCCGCAAAGGCUUCGAGACUUACUCGUACUACGGCCCACUCAACUGGAUCACCUUCAACGUGGGCUAUCACAACGAGCACCACGACUUCCCCGCCGUGCCCGGCCGCAGAUUGCCAGAGGUUAAACGUAUAGCGCCCGAGUUCUACGAUGAUCUGCCGCAUCAUACAAGCUGGUCCAGUGUCCUCUACGACUUCGUAAUGGACCCGGAUAUAGGACCCUACGCCCGGAUAAAGCGUAAGCACUUUGGCUUAAAGAGCUAGGUCACAUACAGCUCUUACCCGAGUUGAACCCAAGACCACACUGUGACAUGCGACUAGCCUAUGCUAAAAGAAUCAUUAAAUUAAAUUUUAUAAGUAGAUAGAAAAUCCGAAGUUAUUUGAAAAUUAUUAUCAAUUUUUUUUUUAGCAAAUGAAAUUAAAUAUUUAAUUUUCACUCCACUAAUAGGAGAGCCCCUGUUUAAAAUGUUUGUUAAAGUUUUUACACCUUUAUUUGUAUUAAAUAUAGGUUUUUAUCUGUCAUUAUUCUUAUAUACAAAAUCAACCUACAUUUAUAAAGUAUCAUUUUUUUUACUGAUCAAAAAUACUUGUCAUAAAAGUUUUUUCUUACUUUUAUAUUGGAAUUGACAAAUUAUGCCAAAUAAGAAUAUAUUUG